AUGAAAUUUGUUUGGGAACUUGCAUUUCUGGUGACAUUAUGUACGUUAGUACAAGGAUCACCCUUCGAUGAUGGCAAAUACAAGCCUAAAGUAUAUGACGAAUACGACGAUGGAAAGUACUACAGGCCUCCCACUGAGGGAAAAUAUGUCCCAGGCGAUGAGGGGAAGUAUAUGUAUAUCUAUCAACAAGGAGUCUACCCCUAUGAUGGUACAUACAAGCAUCUAGGAAGGGGCGAUUCUAAUGACUAUAUCGGAUUCCAAAUAUACGCACCGAGAUUUCCCUACAUCCAUAGGAUAAUUAAAGAGCUGAUUAGCACGUAUGUGUCGCCGGACAUUUUGGUGUUCAGCGAAACGGAGACCGGACAAGUGUUUGAUAAAGCACAGUCGCCCGAAGAAAUUGCAAUGAAGUGUAAUUUAAUAAAUCCGGGGACAAAGAACAGUACGGAAGCUGAAGUUGUAACGCAAUACCCUCCCAUGAUGAAGCUUGAAGAUGGUGAACAACAAGGCACGUUGUACAGCUUUAAGGGAACCAAGGUGUUGAGCAAAGUGGAAAAUUCACUAAAGACUAAAUUAAAACUGCAGUACGAAGUGUUCGUGAGGGUAGUUGAGGAAACUGAGCUUUAA